AUACUAGAAACUACCAGUAAAUAGUCGAAAACCCCAAAUUUCUAGAACUCGAAAAAUCUCAGAAGACAAAGCGGUGAUGAUGCAUCCCAACCAAUUCGAUGGAAGUGCUGCCUUCUCCGGCGGAGGAUUCAUGCCGUCUCAGGCCACCCAGGCCCCCGAUCCCUCCCCGUUCUCUUCCUCCAGAAAUAGUGAUGCUCGCUGCUUGAUACCAGUGACGGUGAAGCAGUUGAAGGACUUAUCUAGAAAUUGUGAAUCCGGUAUUUCCAUUGAUGGUGUUGAUGUGAAUACUGUUGUUCUUGUGGGGAUUGUAUGCAAGAUAGACAACGCUAUCACAGAUUGUACUUUUAGAGUUGAUGAUGGUACAGGCUGGAUUGAAUGCACAAAGUGGGUUCAUGAACAUAUUGACUCUGCUGAAGUGGAAGCAAUCUCGGUGGGAAAGUAUGUUCGUGUCUAUGGCCAGUUAAAAAGCAUCCAGGGUAGAAAGACCUUGAAUACCUUUUCUAUUAGGUAUUAUUCUUUUUCUUCAGUUUCCUAUGUUUUUGAAUUUUCACUUAACUUUUAAUCUUUAUCUGUCCAUUUUUGUAUGUCUUUUUUGUUCCUCUUAUUUUCAAUUGGAGCUGGAUGAUUCUUGGAAACUCUGCUAUAACUUUUUUCUUGGAGCAUUUACACCUCCCCUGUCUCUGAGAUAAGCCCACUUAUGACCUCAUGAGUGGUCUUGUGGAAAAUAAGAAAAAAAAUUUAUUGUAUUUUCUAUGCUGCAUUUAGAAGAUAAAAUAGAAAUUGAGGAAAGGAGGAGUGGAGUUUUUUUUUUUUUUUCUCACUUCAGUGUUGUUUUCAUCAGUUUCUUUUCCGGUGGCUUGUACAAUAGAUUCUGCUACUUUAGAUCUGGAUGAUUAUGAAACUAUUGGUUGUUUAACUUUAGCUGCUCGCUGGAUUAAAUAACUAUUUAUUAUACUUUUGCUCUUGUUCUCCUUGUUAAUUUAUUUGGUGUUUGCUUUUUAGAGUUUUGGCUCUAAAUUUGGCUGUGCUUUCAGGCCACUGACUGAUUUUAAUCAGAUUACAAGUCACUUCCUUGAGUGUAUAUAUGUUCAUCUUUACAACACCAAGUUAUGGGUAUUAUGAGUUUUACUAAAAUCACACUCUUGUAUUGCGAAAGAUUCUAAAUUACAUGAAUGUGAGUAUCACAUUGCUUACCUCAAGGGGUUGCAUUUAUCCUGCAGGGGAUGUCUACACAACCUCAGAUGACAAACCCUACCAUAAGCAGUACUAAUCCCACAAAUCAAGUAAUGGAUACUACUUGAAUAAUAUUUUGCUACCUUAUUGAUGUUUUAACUGAUUCUUCUUCUUCUUUUUUUCUUGUUUGUGCACCGGGGGGAAGAAUUUAAUAAUACACUAUACUAUAU